CCUAUACAUGCGCGAAUAUGCAUUUGGUAAAUUUGAUCGCACACCUGCAACCAUCCAGGAUAGAUUUGCCAUUCGUAAGGGGGUUGAAAUUAAUUUUGAUUCCAAGACUUAGUUUUUAAUAGAAACUACUGGUGUUUCCUUAGGAAGGGAGUGCUUUCUACUUUAUGGUAAAUGAAACCCUCAGCUUUCGUUGGGUAUACUUGUAUGAUUUUUCCUGACAUACUGAAAAGGGAUUUAUGUAUUUAUAUAAUACAUAAUUUUAUAUAAUGUAUUCUGAAUAUUGUAUGGAAGAAUCGAAGUGAAAUGUAAAAAUUUUGCCAGUACAGUUAUUGGUGAUACUCUCAAAUCUAGUUGUACAUGCAUUUGGAAGAUGGCUCACUGACUCAAAUCUGCCUUGCAUCAUUUUUUUUCUUAAUUUACCGAGCGUGGAGAAUGGUAUGUAGAUCGUUUACUUACAGUAUUUGGUUGAAUCAGCAGUGCAGGGUUGUGUGAUAUUGACUGACACAGGGCUUUCGGAAGGCAGCAGUGGAAGGACCCUUCCUGCUUCAGAGAUUUACAAGUGGGAAUUGAAAUAUGGUAGGUGAAGUAUGACUCGGAAGAUUAACGUUCUGUGCUGGGGAUUUAAGUGUCAGCACUAAUGGAACUGGGUGUAAACAGCUGUCCUCUAGUGUACUACAUUUACAUUUCUGUAUCAGUGUGUUGUAACUUUAGGAAAGUGUCACUUAGGAUUAGUGAAAGGUAACAUUCUGGUUGUAACUUUCGCUCUUGUUUCAAACUAACUGAAACUGUUUCGAAGAAAACCUUGAAACUUCUGGACUGAUGCAAAUCAUGCGCCCCAGGGGACAUUUCCCUGCGCUCUGCUGGCCUCCAGACUCCUCCUCUCCUCCUCCUACAAACGGUUUAGAAAAAAUAAGAGAGGAUCAAGAAGAGAACCUAUUACACUGAAAUACAGUUAUCAAAAUAUUGAACCAAACUGGUGAUAAAUUUCUUUACAUGCUUUUUAUUAGCUCACUUAGUAACAGAUUGAACACUGGCUCUAAUAAUUUCUUUUUGAGUAUAUGAUGCUAAUGCUUUGUGAAAAUACCUGUGGUUUCUGUUGGCGAAGAAGUCACAGGUGCUUUUCAGGAUUUCAUGUCUACCGGUGGAAUUGAAUGAGUGUUAAAUUGCAGCCAGAUGUUAUUGCAAAUAAAGAUGUGAUUUUUUUUCUCAUUCAGGUUCACAGAGACCAAGUUAAGAACCUCUGCACUGGAAGGCUGUUUACUCUCAGCCCAUCCCUUAGGAGGAAUAUGUAUGUGCCUCCUUUUUCCUUCCUCAAAUGCUUAUACUGAUGGCAAGGGUGAUGAGGAAGUACAGACAGUGCAGCCGAGGGAACCCAAAGCUUCACAGUAUGGGGUCAUAGUGGGGUGAGGCCACGUGGGGUUACUGCCUGACACCGGUUGUGAUGACUCACAACUGUGAUGGGUUACUGUUCUGUCUUGUACAAUCUGUUUAGGAAGACGUGGAAAGAGAAAUAUAGUGUAGAAAAGGUUCAGUUUGGAAAUUGUUAGAAUAAACAUUCAAGGGCCGGGAGGCAUGGUUUUUGGUUGGAAAGGCCUGGCUGCAGAGGCCAUCAAAUGAGGCCCCUCCGGCCGUGUUGUCUGCCCUCCAGCGAGUGGAUAGGGUGCCUAGCUGCUGGGUGCCCUCGCCGGCAGCAGUGCCUGGUGUCGGUGUGUCAGCCCCACUGGUCUAGUCACUGUUUCUGGGAGUUUCACUCACAGAGGGCCUGGUACUGACCCAGCAGACCUGCCGUCUGACAAGGUGGUUUCAGGCUCCUGAUGCAGAAGCACUGUGGCCCUGAGGAUGCGUCUGGGGGACCUGGGGAGGGGACAGAGCAGCUGCUUCAUUCCAUCUAGGAUUCCUUGGGGAAAGGGUCCUACAGCUUUGUCAGAAUCUUGAAAAGUACUGAUCAGUCAGGUUGCAGGAUUGAGGGCCGGGAGUUAGUGAACCUUUCAGAUGCCCUUUGCCUUGGGUCUUCCCUUCAGUGUUGGCGUGUGCUCGUCCUGACGGGUCCAGCAGCAGGCCUUGUCAUCCCUCCCCUCAGGGUGAGCUGCUAAGUAUGCGGUGAUGCGCUCCUGUCUGGGGGAUUAUUUCUGUUCAGGGCGACCCUGCCACCCAAAUGGUGUGUGUCCUUUGGUGUAACCUCUGGCCUAGCAGAGCCUUGUUGGGGGCAGGCUGCAGGGCAUGUGGUGGGAAAUGCCUUUAUUGUUUGCGUCUGUCUUUGAUGGACGCCUGGCUGUUGUCAGGCCCCAGGACGGCAGGGAGCGGGCUGACUUCAAGUCCAGGGGUUUAGGGUCACACAGGAGUAAGGAAAAAAGGAAUCUAGCGGGGUCCAGGGACCAAGGUAGUGCUGGGCCUCGGGACUGAUGGAACUGCGGCUUGGGCCCUGGCGGGAUCCGGCUGCCACCCUGGUCUUGACCUUCCCCGUUUACUUCCACUGAAGUGGAAGUGCUCUUAACCGUUGGCUGCUUCUGCACACUGUCUGCUGCAUGUUCUCCGUUUCCCAGCUCUGCCCACCUCAUCCUCUUCCUGUUUCCCAGCGCACAUCCUGGAGACAGGGUGACAGCUCUCUCACCUUCCACCGUGUCCCCCAGGUGCCGACCUGGGCGCUAGGGGCUCCUGGUCCCUGAGCUCUCCCCAGGGAGCGGUGGGCUCCUUUCAGCAGGGUCUGCAGUGGUGGGUGGGGUCACUCGGAAGGGACUGUGGAUGGUAGGAAUUGUGAUCGCAGCUUCCUGAACAGUCUGAUCGGACUUGCAGAGAUAACGCCUUCACGAGAGUUUGGCCGCAGAAGCCGCUGCCCACCGUCGGCUCCACCUCGGGACAUGCGGCUCUGCUCUGCCGGUGGCUCAGACACCGUUUGCUUUUGACUCAAGAUGAUUUGAUGCUUUAUAAAGAACUCGCUCACCAUGAUGGCUGCACAGACGUUGAGCAUAGACAGCUAUCAAGAUGCGCAACAAAUGCAAGUAGUAACAGAGUUAAAAACGGAGCAAGACCCCACCUGCUCUGAACCAGAUGUGGAAGGAGUGAGCCCUCCCCCUGUGGGGUCCCAGACCCCGAUGGACGCAGACAAGCAGGCCAUUUAUAGGCAUCCACUAUUUCCAUUAUUAGCUUUGUUGUUUGAAAAAUGUGAACAAUCUACACAGGGCUCGGAAGGCACAACUUCUGCCAGUUUUGAUGUGGACAUUGAGAACUUUGUAAGGAAGCAAGAGAAGGAAGGAAAGCCCUUCUUUUGUGAAGAUCCAGAAACUGACAAUUUAAUGGUAAAAGCAAUCCAGGUUCUGCGUAUUCAUCUUCUUGAGCUGGAAAAGGUUAAUGAGCUCUGCAAAGAUUUCUGCAGUCGCUAUAUUGCUUGUCUAAAAACGAAAAUGAACAGUGAAACUCUCCUGAGUGGGGAACCUGGCAGCCCGUACUCCCCUGUCCAGUCGCAGCAGACGCAAAGCGCCAUCGCAGGCACUCUCAGCCCCCAAGGAAUCGUGGUGCCAGCACCCGCUCUGCCACAGGGGAGCGUCACCAUGGCAACAGUGGCAGGGGGCACAGUCUAUCAGCCGGUCACGGUCGUCACUCCCCAAGGCCAGGUAGUGACGCAGGCGCUGUCGCCCGGCACGAUCCGGAUCCAGAACUCCCAGCUUCAGUUACAGUUAAACCAGGAUCUCAGCAUCUUGCACCAAGAUGACGGCUCAUCUAAGAACAAGAGGGGGGUCCUGCCGAAGCACGCCACCAGCGUGAUGAGGUCCUGGCUCUUCCAGCACAUCGGGCAUCCCUACCCGACAGAAGAUGAGAAAAAACAGAUUGCUGCUCAGACAAAUUUGACACUACUCCAAGUUAACAACUGGUUCAUCAAUGCAAGAAGACGAAUCCUGCAGCCGAUGUUGGAUUCUAGUUGCUCAGAAACUCCAAAAACAAAGAAGAAAACUGCUCAGAACAGACCCGUCCAGAGGUUUUGGCCCGAUUCCAUCGCCUCAGGAGCCGCACAGCCAGCCGCCAGCGAGCUGACCGUGUCCGAAGGAGCCGUCGUGACCAUCACCGCGCCCGUGAGCAUGAACGUGGACAGCCUGCAGUCCCUGUCGUCGGACGGGGCCACGCUGGCGGUGCAGCAGGUGAUGAUGGCUGAGCAGAGCGAGGACGACUCGGUGGACAGCACGGGGGACGGCGGGGCGGCGCUGGCGCCCGGCCACCUGGGCGGGCUGGUGCUGGAGAACAGCGACUCCCUGCAGUAGGGCCGCCCGCCCCACGUUUUAUAGUUUGCACAGCAAACAUUUUACACAGUUUUAUUUCUAAUAUGUUUUAUAUGUAGGCAUAGAAGAGUGCACUUUUGUAUUUCCUAGUAAGCUUCCAGGGCGUCUUUGCUGGUGCAGCAACUUCUUUCAAGGUGUGUGUGUGUGCGUGUGUGUGUGUGCGUGUGUGUGUGUUUUUAAGGAGAUUCUUUCAAGGUUUAAUGCUAAAAAUAUGAUGAAUGACAGACCCCCUCCCCCCCACCCCCGAACCCCUGACUAGGUUAAGGAAUAGUGCUGCCGUUUUCUAAAAAAUGAUGCAGUUUCAAUUUAGUUCUGUGGUGGAAGCAGGUCUCAGUGGGCUGGUUUACUUGUGGAGCCCGUGGAUUAGGAAGAAGCUUCUGCCCCUGAAAACUGCCAGUGCGAGGCGAUGACAGCACACAGCGAUAAACCGCGUGUGAGCUGGUGGCGAGUGUACGGCGAGUUAAGUGUGGUUCCACUCUCUCGUGUUCCGUGAGCCUGUGUCAUUUGCUAUAUGUGAAAAGAAACUCCUAUUUUUACCUUGCUGGAAUUAUUGGAUAAAAAGCUAUUUUUAUAAAUUCGCUAUGAAUUGGGUUAUGACUAUAUCGAGGAUAAAAUUUCUGGAGGAGAAACAGUACAUGCUUACUCUCUCGAUUUGGAACGUUCUGAAUUGACCAAAUUUCACGAACCUGCCCAAAGUUAGCUAGCAUUCCAUGGUUCUCUGCUAUCCCAGGGUAGCAAUUUACGUUUACUCCUAUAAAAGAAACACCUAUUUAAUGAAGUUUUGAUAUCUUCAAAUUUUAGUCUAGACGUAAAUGCUCAGAUUGCAUCCUACACUUAAUCUUAAACAUACAUCUAAAGGUACUUGCUAAGUAGAGCUUAGGUAAGUUAAGAAAUGGUAGCCAGUGGUCAGUUAAAAGCUCUUACUGACAUAUUUCAGUCUAAUUUAAAUUUGACCACAGUUAAAUGGUUAGCGUACCAUGUUAGCUGGGUGUUGUUUUAGAAUUUUUUAGUCAGCCAGAUGUUACGUGUAGAAUGUUUAUGAUAAACGAAUAUAAAGUGUCCUCUAUCCCGCUGGCUCAGAGCUGGGGUAAAGAGCAAACCCUCGGCUUUGUUACACGAUUAACAAACAUCCACUGUGGGAGGGGAACGAGCGGGGCCCGGAGGAUGGGGUGACGGGGGCCCUCCUGCCGCCGUGUCUCACGCUGGUCCUGGGGUCGGUGUUCUCUCCUGCACGUGGUUCUUCCCUCUGACUUGAUCACGUCAGAUCUGGAGUAGUGUUGGGACUUCAGUUCCUGGUGACCAGAUGAACCACGAGAGCAGACUGGGUUUGUUUCCUUGGGUUUUGAUUUGUUUCCGUUGGUUUGCUUUCAAGUGGGGCUUUUUCUGAGAGGAAACAGAGCCCCUGGUUUCACGGAGGAAAUCUUGGUGUAACCGUCAAGCUCAGCGCACUUCUCAAGGACAGUCUUACGGUCGGGGAGGUCGCCAGUUCCUGAGAAGCAGUGACAGUGAGUGGUGUGGACCAAGGCUACAUGGCGGGUGUUUUGAGCUGGUGCAGGUUGUUUUCUGGAACUGACUUUCCCCCCCGAAAUUGUUAAUAAUUAAAGUUACUCACAGGAGAGCACUUCCUAGGUAACGCAGAAGGAAGCAAGAAACACACAGAAAUUUCUUUUAAAAUAUUUCAGGAGAUUUAAAAGAAAAACUUGAUUCUCGACUCUUUUGGGGGAGAAAAUAACAUUUUAAAGCAGCUAUUGUGUUCCUCAUUUGUAAGCAAUUUCAAAUAUUUUAAGUCAAGUCUACACCAGUUUAAAAGAUCAUUUGAAGUCCAACGAAGUUAGAAUUUAAGACGAGGCCCUGUGGAAGCCGGCCGGCCCCUCCCUCCUCCCUCCCUCCCUCGCCUCCCCCCGCCCCCCCUUCCCUCUGCCCUUGGGCUCAGAUCAGUGACCGCGGCAGGUGGUCGCUCCGGGUCAGCGUUUCCCCGCAGCAGAAAUCCUGUCCCGGGGUUCGUGCUGCACAGGCCGCGGCAGCGCUUACGCGGGGCCGCGUGGGGGUCCAGCCGUCGGUGCCCGGGGUCUCGGCCACACUCCCUCCAGCCGAAGUCUGCGUCCUGCUCGCCACAUUCAGAGGACAAGGAUGAAGAUCAUUUGAGAGAGGGCGCUCUGGACACAGCCUGAGGUUCCCUUAAGCUCUUCCCAUGAGUAACUAAGGGGAUUUUAAACAACCCGACAGGCAGACCGUUCACCGCCGCCUGGCGUAUUGGUGGUCAGUUGGUACCUAAUAAAUACCCGUUUUCCAGCCCUCGGAUUUUUGAGAGCAUCUGUGAGAGCACGACCCCGUUGAGCUUUCAUUUUAAAUGAACAAAGUCGGUCCUGACUUUGCUUUUGUUAAAUUCUUUCCCUGUGAAGGAUGCUUUUGAUGGUGGUUUGAGACCCAGGUUAAGCGUGAUGUGUCACCUGCUGCUCAGCUCGUGAGCCGGUAGCGGACGGCUGGGCCGUGCCCCGGGCGCGCUCCAGCUGCCGCACUAACAGAGCUUUCCGUGGUUCGACUCCAGAAAUAAGACAGUGUAAGCAUUUAUCCAGCGUGCAAAGUGCGAUGGGCCCCGGCCCCAGCUCGCUCACAGACCACAGAGCCCUGAUGCUGGAACUCAGCCCCGAGGGUUCCGGGAGUAAUCUCUGCAUAACCUGCCCGUGACCCGACUCUUACCUGGGCGAGAAAGUGUUGGAGCACUUUUUCUUUUAGACAAGCUCAGACAUCCCCGGAAGGUGAGAACGGCCCACCUCUGGCAGUUAGGGACAGAAAUAACUCCGCCAUCCUCCCCUGUUUUAGUUCUCUUUGGUCUAUGAACUGACAAUCUUUAAAUGUGAAUACUGUAACAAUUGUUUUCUUGGAUUGUUGUCUUUGAAAGGGAUUUUUGUGAAGCAACUGAUUUAUCAAAGCAAAAAAAUUAAAAACAGAAACAUGC